AUGAAUGUUUUGACGAAUGACAUUCGAUCGGUUCUCUCGCACCGAAUUAGUGAACGCCGAGAUACCAAUGCGAGUGAGCCGCCCAUGGGGAAUUUGAGUGGUUGGUGGGUUUCACGCACUUUAACACGAACGAUUUGC